UUUUGAUUUCGCAGGCCGCGGAGAAUAAAACGGAAAUAGCAAUCGCCCAAAAAAGAUUAUUAAGUUGGAUCUUUUCGAAAUCUCUUGUUUCCUCUCCUUGAUUUCAGAUCCCAAGCUCUCUUUAUCUAUCUCCUUCAGAUCCUCCCUGCUUUCAAUCUCUUUGAAGGAUCGCCAUGGCCCCGGUCUCGGCGCUCGCCAAGUACAAGCUGGUGUUCCUGGGCGAUCAGUCGGUGGGGAAGACUAGCAUCAUCACCCGAUUCAUGUACGACAAGUUCGACAACACCUACCAGGCUACGAUUGGUAUAGAUUUUCUCUCAAAGACUAUGUACCUUGAAGACCGAACUGUCAGACUACAACUUUGGGACAUUGUUGGACAAGAGAGAUUUAGGAGCCUCAUCCCAAGUUAUAUUCGUGACUCAUCAGUUGCAGUGAUUGCUUAUGAUGUUGCAAAUCGUCAGUCUUUCUUAAAUACUUUAAAAUGGAUUGAAGAGGUUCGAACGGAGAGGGGAAGCGAUGUUAUUAUUGUCCUUGUUGGGAACAAAACUGACUUGGUCGACAAGAGGCAAGUCUCCAUAGAAGAAGGAGAAGGUAAAGCGCAAGAGCUCGGUGUCAUGUUUAUCGAAACAAGCGCAAAAGCUGGCUUCAAUAUAAAGGCUCUCUUUCGGAAGAUUGCAGCUGCCUUGCCAGGGAUGGAAAAUCUUUCUUCAGAAAAGCAGGAUGACAUGGUCGAUGUUAAUUUGAGAGCAACCAACGCACAUUCGUACCAGUCACAGUCACAAUCUGGAGGCUGUAGUUGUUAAUUUCAUCCUUCACAAUUUUUUGUUGUACCUUAUUGCAUUAGUCAACUGAAGAAGCCAUGGUUCUUGAGGCGAGGGUUGUUAUUCUCUCAACAAGAUCAGAUUAUUUCCGGUUGUAAAGGUUUAUUAUGCAUCUUAUUCUGUUGCUGGCAUUAAUUGAUAGCAUAUAUUUUAUUGGGAUUUAGUAGAUGUAAUUGAGUUUUUUUGUUUGGUAAGAUAAUUGUUAGUGGAAUAUCAUGGUUAUUAAUUUUAAA